AUGGUCGUCGUAACUCUCGUAGAGGAUGACCAAAGCAUGCAUUUUCCUCGCUUUGUAAGGGGUCACGGCAGCUUGUCAGUUUCUUCGACUCUGACUCUGCAUUCGCGGCAUAACAACAUACUCGGGCGUAGAAUCAAGCGUCUUUCAUGCGGCGACUUUGAAAACUCCGAAGCUGUUGCUGAUUACAAGCCGUAUGGGCGAGUUGCUCAGCCUCAAUCACAUCUUCUCUUUUUGCUCCACGCAAAGAAGCUCGUCAAGCGUCGCGGCCUCAAAUUACAGCCAUCAAUUAUGGAUAGCAAUCGCUUACAACCGUCUCUGAAGCCUCAGGUCGGCACCUCAAGACGGAAACUCUUCGUCUACAAGCCCCUGGGUGACAACCACAGCGUUCGCUUUCUUGUCCUCCAGCCAGGAUCCGGCUCAGAUCCCUUGGUGGGGAGCCUCCAAACCAGAAGCCUGGCCUCAGCGGACAUUGAGCAACUUCCCCCCUACGAAGCCAUAUCGUACGUCUGGGGCUCCGGCAGCCGGCAGUACGAGCUCACUUGCGAUGGCGCCGUCCUGCCUCUCACGCAGAGCAUAUACGAUGCGCUGAAUCGGGUGCGGCUGCCGGACCAGCCGCGGCGGCUGUGGGCUGACCAGGUCUGCAUCAACCAGGACGAUAUCCCUGAACGCAGUCAGCAGGUGAAGCUCAUGAAUCUGGUGUAUAGAAAUGCGAAGAGAGUCCUUGUGUGGCUGGGAAGAGAUCCCGAUGGCGUUGCUGAAGAGGCGGGACAGACGAUCCGCCAUCUUGACGGCGUGUUUAGAGAUGAAAAGGCUCAUGAGGAGUUUAAGCUCGCUCAUGAGGAAAAUCUGGCGCUGCAGAGCUCUGAGCCCUGGGUGCCUCUGGCAAAACUGACAAAGCUGCCCUGGUUUCAAAGAAUAUGGAUCGUCCAAGAGAUUGGAACAGAUGCCCCUGCAACGCUGUACUGGGGCGACACAGAGAUAGAUUGGGACACAUUAUCCCACGUCGCAGCCAUCCUCAACGAGAGAUACUACCACCUCCGCACCCGGUUCCUCCUCAACACCUCCAGCAUCCGCUACCUGCACAAACGCUUCGUCGAGCCAGACACCGAAUACGACCAGGACCACAACCGCGGCAACUUUGCUUACGAGCUCCACCGAGCCAGACAUCUGCUCGGAAACGACCCCCGCGACCACAUCUACGCCUUCCUGGGCCACUACUCCAUCAGCAAAGCCGGCAAGGAGCUGCAGGGCCUCACAGUGGACUACUCCAAGAGCGUCAGGGACAUCUACAUCGACGUUGCCGUACGCGCUCUGCGCGGCGCCAAAGACCUCGUCGCCCUCUCCGCCGCGCACCACGGCAAGCCGCUCACGAAGCGGCAAGCAUCGUGGGCCAACGGAAAUCUAGAUCUCCCGUCCUGGGCUCCGGACUGGCGCCAUCUGCCGAUUCACAUCCUCGGCUCGCCGACGGUGCCGCAUCGCGCGUCGGGGGACACGAAGCCGGACCUGACCAUUGACGAAGAGUCGCGCGUGAUGCGCAUUCGCGGCGUGAGGGUCGAUGUCGUGGAGAGGCUUUCGUGGACCAUCUACGGGACGGCGUUUCAGGUGAGGCCUGAGAAGAGGCAAGGCGGGAGGAGGAAGAGGAAUUGGGGAGGCAGCAAUGGCAGUAAUGAGAUGGGCGAGGGGGAACGCGACGAGGAGGGAUCUGCUGAGCCUACUCAGGGGAUUGACGCAACAACACGCGCUCCAAGCAGGAAUAAUGACCGUCGUCGCGGUUCAGACAGCACCCAGCAGCAAUAUGGACGUCCAAUGCCUCAACGAAGAUGGACGCAGCUCGAGCAGAACAACGGUCCUCGCACGCACGUCAUGGAGGUUCUAUGGAGGCGCAUCUGCGGCUACCGGACAUUCAACCUCAAUCUCGUAUACCCCCCUUUCCUCAACAAGACCCCCUCCCCAGCAACAGGAGGAACGGCACCUUUCAAACCCCCAUCUUCAUCCCCUUCAUCAUCCGAAGAUCAUCGCAGAUCCGCCUUCUUCGCCUUCAUCCAGACCCUCACCAACGCCUGCACGGGCAUCGAUCGCUCGCGCCCCUACUCAUCCAUCCCCUCCGAAGAAUGGCUCACCAGCGCAGCAGCUUAUCUCGUCCGCUACGCCGUUCCACCCUCUUCUUCUUCUUCUUCUUCUUCUUCUUCUCCAUCAUCCACGCUAUCGCCAUCUCAAACGUUCCCCGUAUCCUCCCCGUCCCCAUUCAGAUCCAUCAGCAGUCCCGACGGCAGCACAACCACCAUGUCAUCCUUUUACGAGCGCGCAAACUCCAUGUCAUCCUCCUCCUCCCCCUCCUCCCGCAAACCAACCCCCGUCCACGCCGCCAUCCACGCCCUCUCCCUCACCGGCGACCCCUUCAAAUGGAGCCACGAGGCCGUCCUGGUUACGCGCUACCGCCGCUUCGCAGUCACCCGCAGGGGAUACUUUGUGCUUGGACCCGACGCGCUGCAGGCGGGCGACGUGGUGGCUGUGCUGCGCGGCGGCAAGGUACCCUUUGUGCUGAGGAAGGUCAGUGUUGGUGGUGGUGGUGAUGGUGACAGUGAAGAGAGGUGGGUGCUUGUUGGAGAGUGUUAUGUGCAUGGGCUGAUGGAUGGGGAGGGGUGGGAUGUUGAAGGGGUGGAGGAGGAAGUGUUUGCGAUACAAUGA